CCACGUGUGACGUCAUAUGUGCUGCGUCCAUGUUUUCCUCAGCAGGAGGAGAGAGUGUGAUGAUGAGGAUGAUGUGUUUUAACGUUGUUUGCUGACAUGACGGGUCCUGUAGAUAAUAACACACCUGCUGUAACCCUGACUACCCGACACCUUUACGGUCGUUAUUGUUAUUACCGAGCGUAACAUCGCGAUGUGUCAGCCUGCAGCUCGGUGUGAAUGAAAGGAGGGAGGAGCUGCUCUAUAGAUCCGGUUCUUUCUGCUGAUCUCCUGUGGACCAAAGAAUGCCAUCCCUGUCGGAGGACCUGCAGGAGGUGCGGAGUCGGGCUGAAGUGUGUCUGUACUCUGGUGGCAGGGUGGUGGAGGUGCGAGCCGGGGUGAUGGCUAUGGCUAAUCUGUCCUUACCCCCCUGCUCCAAAUACCGGCACAUCGCUGCAGAGACCAUGGUUACAGAGAACAGCUUCGGCAGCAACAGGAAGGAGACCCUUGCUUCUCUCCAGAGACUGUCGACUGCUUUGAACAUCCUGGAGAAGUACGGCUGUAACUUAACGAAUCCCAACAGGCCGAAAUACUGGAGGACGGUGAAACACAACAACCCAGUGUUCAGGGCCACCGUCGAUGCGAUUCAGGGAGGACGAGCAGUGCUCUGUCUCUAUGGUUACUCCAAUCAGCAGGCCGAUGGGCUCAGCUUCCCUGAUGAUGUCACAGACCCGGAUGUGGGCCGAGUUGCUGCAGUGACCCUGGAAGUGAUGAGUCUGAGGAUCGAGCUAGAAAUGCUUAUUAAGGAGACUCACCCACACCCUGAGUUCUACGAGAGAAUCAUACCUACACUCAGACAUAAGGAUGUCGGUCUGAACACUGACGCUGUGAUCUUCCAGUCCUCCUCGUCUUCGGGACAUUCAAAGGGUCAGACCAAGUCUCUGGCCUUCCCCCUCCACCAUCACUCCUCCAGGAAGAGCAGCCACUCCCUGUCCUCCAACCACCAGAGUCUCAGGUCCAUCCAGGUCUCCUCCACCUCCUCCAACAAACACCCCGAGAAUUGCACUAUCUGUGAAAUAUUCCGAAUCUCCGCCCACUGCCUCACCUGUCUCCAGGGGCUCUGCUCAGAGUGUGACCGACUGUACCACUCCUACCCUGAGAGGGCCAACCACCGCCGAGUGGCUGUCACAUCAUCGUCAUCAUCUUCUUCCUCAUCUUCAUCAUCCCAAAACAGGAGCAGUCAAAGUUCCACCUGGCGUUGUCUUCACUGUACCAAAGUGAACUCUGUGCAGGACGUGCUGUGUGAGGAGUGUGAGCGCCCCCGCAUGGACUCGAUCACCUCUAAAACUGACGACUUGCUAUCUGCCAACGUCACUGAGUGGCAGUGUAAGAGCUGCACGAUGGUGAACGCAACCGGCAGUGUUCUGUGCGAGGUGUGUGAGAGGCCUCGUCUGGCCACACGACCUCCAGUGACCCCGUCACACCCUCCCAUCCUCCCUCCCAGACCACCAGCACCUGUACUGGGCAUGCCCGGUGACCCUGACAGCCAGUGGGUGUGUCAGUUCUGCACUUAUCUGAACUACUCGCCUGCGACAGUGUGCGAGAUGUGUGACCUCUCCCACCCAGAGCCUGCACCUCUGCCCGUGAAGCUCCGCCCUCCUUCUCCCGUUAGACGUGUCCCCGCCCUGUCAAUCAAACACAAAGGGCCCGCCUCCGAGGACCAGGACUCGUUGAGGCAAAGGCUGAUGAAGGAGGAGGGACUGAAGCUGAUUCGACUGAUCCGAGAUGGGGAGAAGAAAGGAGUGAGUCCAGAGGAGGUGUACACGAGCGUGAAGGUAACGAGGGACAGCAGCAUCCUGCCGUGCAAGUGGUUGAAGGCUGAACUUCCUCUGCUGUUGGACCACAUUCGAACGUUGGCAUCAGCUUCUUCUCUACAGUCUGAGAAGAGCUCAACAGAGGGCACAAGCAGGUCGUGUGAUGCGCCUGCCGAGACUGAUGGGAAAGAAACAGAAAGCGGGGUCCAGCUGUCCAGAGCAGAAGCAAAGCAGGCCUGGCUGACAGCAGGGGGCGACACUGAGCGAGCUGCCAAACAGGCUCUGAGAGACCGACUGGCAAAGGUGAAGGAGCUGUGUGCACUCGGAUUCAGCGACGAGAAUCACUGUCAUGACGUUUUGAGGCAGAGUGGUGGGGAGGUCAGAGGGGCCUUGGUCCUGCUGCAGCGCCCCCUGCUGGAACCUUUUCAUAAGCGUGUUUGGAGCGACAAACCUGAGCAACCUGUGGAUAUCCAUCACCCAGACAAACAGCGCAUCUGUCGAAGAUUGCUAGCAGUGUACGAUCUUCCCAGUUGGGGUCGCUGUGAGCUGGCCCUGUCGCUGCUGCUGGAGCACAGCGCCCCCUAUUCUUUGGAGGACGUAGUGACAGCUGUGCGAGAGUCCCAUGACAGGGAGUUCAUCAAGAGAGUUUUGGCUAAAGAGUGUCCCAUCUGUCUCUCUGUCUUCCCCCACAGCAAGAUGCAGUCUCUGACGUCGUGUCAGUGCUCGGUGUGCUGUGGAUGUUUCCAGCAGCACUUCACCAUUGCUGUCAGAGACAAACACAUCAGAGACAUGGUGUGUCCAGUCUGCUGGGAGCCCGACAUCAAUGACCCUGAACACCUCAACAGCUACUUCUCCACCCUGGACAUCCAGCUGCGAGAGUGUCUGGAGUCAGAAGUGUAUGAGCUGUUCCAUAAGAAGCUGACGGAGCAGGCCCUCAUCAAGGACCCAAAGUUCCUCUGGUGCUGUCACUGUUCAUAUGGGUUCAUCUACGAUGGAGACCAACUGAAGGUCACCUGUUUUCAGUGUCGGAACAGUUUCUGUGCUCAGUGUAAAAAGCCUUGGGAGUCUCAGCAUGCAGGCCUGUCCUGUGAACAGUACCAGUCAUGGAAGAGAGAGAAUGAUCCAGAGUAUCAGAGACAAGGCCUGGCUGGAUACCUCCGAGACAACGGCAUCACCUGCCCAAACUGUCGCUUUCAGUAUGCGCUGUCUAAAGGAGGCUGCAUGCAUUUCUGCUGCUCACAGUGUCGCUACCAGUUCUGCAGCGGCUGCAACAACCCUUUCCACACUACGUGUGCGGUGGACGAGUGCAGUGUUUCUGGAUUACAUGCUCAUCACCCCAGAGACUGCCUCUUCUAUCUGAGAGACUGGGAACCUUCCAGACUACAGGCUCUACUGCAGAAUAAUGGCGUGACCUUCAACACUGAACCGUCUCCUGGAACACAGACAGGUCAGUGCGGAGUGAUCGAGCAGAAGGAUGAAGGAGGACAGCAGCCGGAUUCAGCCUGCGGAGCUCAGACUCAACCUGGACACGCUGGACUCUGCGAGAAACAUUACCGGGAGUAUCUGGUCAGCCUCAUCAACAGCCACUCCAUCGACCCCGCCCCCCUCUACAGCUCCAAUGAGCUGCUGCUGGCCUGCAAGAGGUACAAGGUGGACGACAGCCGCAGGGACGGAGAGGACAGCUUCACCUAUUUCAGCAGACUGCUGGAGAAACUGAUGGAUGAGGUAACGCUCGGCGACAAGGUGCCACGCAAGAAAUAACGGGUGCUUGCUUCGUGCUUCCUGCAGAUGUAAACAUCUGGACCUGUUAACUUCAAACUCAUCUACACGAGACAACAGGAGACUUUCUCUAAGCUCUGGCUCUGGAAAAGUUCAGCUCAUGUUCUGCUCUGCCAUGAAUGUCUGUUUCAAAUCGAUAAGAAAGGGACAUUCUUUUCAUGAAUAGAUUAGGCUUUGCUGUAACCAGAUGUCUGAAUUCAAAGAAAAGACUUUGAAUAUUAUCUUUGAACUUAUGAAAUCUGACCAUUCUGUUGAUGAACUUGUGGAACACUUGUAUCAUUGGUUCUUUUGAUACUCAAUUGAGAAUCCAAAAUCUUACAAUUACUGACCUCGCAAUGGGACUCAGCACCUCCUCCUCAAAACUACCUAAGAAAAAAAUACUAACCUGAAGAAAACAAAAGACCCAAAACUACCUGUGGUCUCCAGCCCAAACUAAACUAACAAAGUAAAUGAUAAGUAUAGUGCUUCUUGUCUUUUGACUACUCAAAGAGCUGCUAUGUAAAGUGACCAUCAGUAUUAACUAAUACCAUUCAAACACAUUCAUACACCAUUGACGAAGCAGCUUGAGCAACUUGGGGUUAAGUGUCUUUCCCAACGACACAUUGUACAUGUUGCAGCAGGAGCUGGGGAUCAAACCCCGGACCUUCCGGUUGAGAGAUGACCGACUU